CUGCAGUGGAGCACGGCUAUCUCCAUGAUGGUGUUCGCGUGGCUGUUUGCUGCCUUUUGGUCUGUGAUGCCCUUGCUGGGGUGGGGAGAAUACGACUACGAACCCCUCCGAACCUGCUGCACCCUGGACUACAGCAAAGGGGACAGAAACUAUAUCACGUUCCUUUUUGCUCUGUCCAUUUUCAAUUUCAUGAUCCCGGGCUUCAUCAUGCUGACGGCCUAUCAGUCCAUACACCAGAAGUUCAAGAAAAGUGGGCACUAUAAGUUUAAUACUGGUUUACCAUUGAAGACGCUGGUCAUUUGCUGGGGUCCCUACUGCCUUUUAUGCUUCUACGCAGCAGUUGAAAAUGUGAUGUUCAUUUCACCAAAAUACCGCAUGAUUCCUGCCGUUAUUGCCAAGACUGUGCCAACGGUGGAUGCAUUUGUAUAUGCCCUGGGCAAUGAGAACUACAGAGGAGGAAUAUGGCAGUUCCUCACAGGACAGAAGAUUGAGAAAGCAGAGGUUGAUAACAAAACUAAAUAACCCAUUACGGCAUUAAGCUAAAUUAAUGCAGGUACAUCACUGAAAGCAAAACGGUAGCGGAAACUGUGUGCAUUCUCUGAUAUGUACGUGCAAAGGUGGUUCCACAUUGGAAAGGCCGUGCACUGGCUACAAGCAACGAAGUACUGAAAGCAAGCCCUCCAGAUAACUGUCCAAACCAUCACAAGCUGCUUGUCAAACAA